GAGCGAUUGUGCGUGUGAAGCCGGAGCAGCAGCAGCAGCAGCAGGCUCCAAAGAUCCUCGAAGAAGAAAUUUUUGUUUUGGGAAGCUGAAGUUUAAAAAAAAAGUGUUGCAAAAUGUGGAACAUGAUGUGCGACGUGAUGCCGACGAUCUCGGAGGACACCAUCUCCCAGCGGUCGUCCCAGUUCAGCGGCGAGGAUGCCAACUUCGAGCAGCUGAUGGUGUCGAUGCUGGACGAGCGGGACAAGCUGAUGGACAGCUUGCGCGAAACCCAGCAGCGGAUGGCGGACAUGGAGAUGAAAAUCCAGGAGGUGGAAAAGGAGCGGGACAGUCUGCAGCGCCAGAUUGCGGCCAACUUACCACAGGAAUUCUCGACACUAACCAAAGAGCUAACGCAGGCCCGCGAGACGCUGCUCGAACGAGAUGAAGAAAUCGGAGAGCUGAAGGCGGAACGGAAUAAUACCAGGCUCCUGUUGGAACAUCUCGAGUGUCUAGUGUCCCGGCACGAGCGUUCGUUACGCAUGACGGUGGUGAAGCGGCAGGCGGCAUCCCAGAGCGGCGUGUCAAGCGAGGUGGAGGUGUUGAAGGCCCUAAAGAGUUUGUUCGAGCACCACAAGGCGUUGGAUGAGAAGGUUCGCGAACGGCUCCGAAUAUCGUUAGAGAAAAACAAUGAGCUGGAAGAGGAACUCAACCAAACCAAAGAGGAGCUUCAACAAUACAAAUCCGGCGUAUUGUCUAACCAAUCGGAUCCCUCGUUGGACAGUAGCAGUGAAAAGAAGGACGCUUUGAAAAAUGGUGAAGCGGGAGAAAUGAUCGAUUACAGUGCGAAAACGCACGAGCUUCAAACGAUCAUCGAGAAGCAGACGGCCGAACUUUCCCAGUGGCAGAGGCGGGUGUCCGAUCUCAACACCAAGAUCAACGAGAUGGAGGAGAACAUGUGCAAGCUGCAGAAGGAGUAUACCAAAUCGCAGGAAGCGUGCGUGAAGCUGCAGCGCGAUCUGCGCGAAAACGUUGCCCAGAAGGAGGACCAAGAGGAACGUAUCGCCACGCUCGAGAAGCGCUAUCUGAAUGCACAGCGCGAAUCCACCUCGUUGCACGAUCUAAACGAAAAGCUUGAACAGGAAUUGCGCCACAAGGAGGCUCAACUGAAGCUGCAAGAAGGCAAGAUAGCAGCGAUACAAGAGAAGCUUGAACUAUCGGACCAAAAGUUGGCCCAGUUUUCGAAGUUGCCCGAAAUGGAGGAGCAGCUGAAGGCUCGUAUGGAAGCCCUAACACAGGUAGGCAAGCAGGCACAAGAGCGGCACGGUUCCGCGGAGGACAGGAUCACGCGGCUGGAGAACAGUGUGGAGGAAAAGAAUGCGGAAGUGAUGCGUCUGAAUCAAAGACUGAAGAUGAACGAGGAGCACAAUCAGCGGCUAUCGUCGACGGUGGACAAACUGUUGGCCGAGUCGAACGAUCGGCUGCAGGUCCAUUUGAAGGAACGCAUGACGGCACUGGAGGAGAAAAAUACGCUCACGCAAGAGCUCGACAAGGCGCGCAAGUACGCCGAGGAGCUGUGCCAGGAGAAAUCCGAUAUGCUCAAGGAGAUCGCCAAAAACCGGCUAGAGAUGGAAACGUUCAAGCGUCAAAUUUUGCAACAGGAAAUUGCGUACAACAUCCAGCAAACGGAAGCACUUACCAGAAGCUUAUCACCAAACGCGGUCGGCAAUGCGUCGGCAAACAGUGGCUUUUCGCGCAGCGGUUCGGCCACCUUCAGCACGCACAGUUUGCGGAGGAACAAAUCGACGCUCGAGGAGGAACACUUUAACCGCUCGAUGGCGGAACAGGACUGGAACAAACUGCAGCACAUGACCAAUGCACAAGUAUUUGACGGAGGUGUGCUGGAUGGCGGCGCGGACGAAGCGGACAAUCUGUUCGGCACGGGCGACAUUAUCUCACCGACCGGGCACACCGAUGCACAAACACUGGCCAUCAUGCUUCAGGAGCAGCUGGACGCAAUCAAUAAUGAAAUCAGGUUAAUACAGGAGGAAAAGCAGUCCACGGAGGCACGAGCAGAGGAGCUAGAAUCUCGUGUCGGCAGCUUAGAGCACAUGAAUCUUCUAGCCCGCGGACGGUCCAUGGAUCGCCAGAGUCCACCGCUUAGUGGUAGCAGCACACCAAACAGUCCAAACCGGGACUAUCUUCAAAAGUAUCACACGGCGCCAGCGUCGAUGUCGCCAGCGCAUUUGCAUCAAUACGUUACCACUUUGAAUCAAGUUCCGUUGUCCGAAUCGUUACCCUCUAGCCAAGUACAGCUGGCGCAUCUUCAGUCGGAAUUGCAGCACGAUGACAUGGGCAACGCAGAUCACGACAUGUCGGCAGGUGGUAUUGGUGGAGGUGACACUAGUUCAGGAGGAACCAUAUCUCCGGCCACCGCACGCACGAUGCGACUGGAACGUUUCGCACUAGCACUAGCUCACAGCCAAGAGGAGUUAAAACGACGAUCGCAAGGAGUCGUGCAUGGAUCGGAAUUUCCGAGCGAGUCCAGGAACCAUUUUGUACCCAGUAAUACGUACGGAAUGUCACCGCUCAAUUCACGCCAUGGAAGCCAGGAAUCGUUGAAACACUUAAGUAUGGUUAGCUCACUAAGUUCUCUGCAAACGCCAACCGCCAGCCGGGGAGGAGAUGCCGUAUCGGCGGCACAGAAGAAGAAGGGCAUCAAGUCCAGUUUGGGACGGUUCUUUAGUAAAAAGGAGAAGGUUAAGGGCGUUAAGGAUUCCUCUAUGCCAGACGGUUCUACCAGCAUGAUGUCCAUGAGUGGGCUAUCGCUUAUCAGCGACAUUGAUUCCACGUACGAUAAUAUCAGCGUAUCUGGCUACAAACCACCGGGCAAGUCGAAUCCGAUCGAUUACACCCGGCAGAAGAAAAAGGAACACGACUACAGACACGAUCUGCUGGGUGAAGCGAUGAAAGCUGGCACACCGUUCGCACUGUGGAACGGACCAACGAUCGUGGCCUGGCUGGAGCUGUGGGUCGGUAUGCCGGCCUGGUAUGUGGCGGCUUGCCGUGCCAACGUGAAAUCUGGUGCCAUCAUGAGCGCGCUGAGCGAUACGGAGAUACAGCGUGAAAUCGGUAUCAGCAAUCCACUGCACCGGCUAAAACUACGUCUUGCCAUACAGGAAAUGGUGUCUCUGACGUCACCAUCGGCCCCACAAACUACACGAACAACGCUGGCAUUUGGAGACAUGAAUCACGAAUGGAUAGGAAACUAUUGGUUGCCUAGCUUGGGUCUACCUCAGUACCGUACGACGUUCAUGGAGUGUCUGGUGGACGCUCGCAUGCUCGAUCACCUCAAUAAAAAGGACCUGCGCGGCCAGCUGAAGAUGGUGGACAGCUUCCAUCGGACGAGCCUGCAGUACGGCAUAUCCUGCCUGAAGCGACUAAACUACGAUCGUACCGCGCUCGAGGAACGACGAAAGGCGUCCGAAAACAGUCUCAGCGAUGUGCUGGUGUGGACAAACGAUCGCACAAUGCGGUGGGUGCAGAGCGUUGGGUUGAAGGAGUAUGCCAACAAUCUGCUCGAGUCCGGCAUACACGGCGCACUGAUAGCGUUAGACGAAAGCUUCGAUGCUAAUUCCAUGGCCCUAGCAUUGCAAAUUCCAACACAAAACACACAGGCUAGACAAAUUUUAGGCACGGAAUUUAACAAACUACUCGAACUGUCGACCGAACGGCGCACGGAUCGAGAUUCAAUCAAAUCUUGACAUAAU